UAUUUGUGCAGGAGUAAAGUCGCACACUAAAGACGCACACAGCAAGCAUGCAACAUAUACUUCGCCACGAAAAGCAUGUAACGAAAUAAAUGUCUGCCCUAUGUGCUUCUUUAAUGUGCGGCGUAAAGAGGACAUAACCUCCAUCAGUGCGCAGGAGAAAUAUCACGGACACGGUACGGACACGGUACUGAUACAUCUGAAUGGUUCAUGCGAUGAAUUCUAUUUACACCCGUAAUGUCAGUCGCGACUCGCGACCAGCGUGCGCUGUCAUGACAAGAGACAAAAGAAGGCAACCAAUCGCUCGCCUAUGUACGAUCCUGCGAUCCAAGGAUCUACCGGAUCAACCUCGUCCAGGACCGAUGUCGGGGGAGGAGGCUCGUCCCCUGCCGGACCCGGUGCCCCGGAGGAUGGAGGAGGCCCUGGAGCUAAUCAACUCGGCCAGCCUCAGGAUCGAGGACUGCGCCGUCGAAUGGCAGGCCCGGGUGUCUCGCCGCCAGUGGCAGGAACUAGAGGCUAAGGCGGUCCCGAAGGAGUCCUGGGAGCGCUCCGUCCUAGCGCGCACCUACUUCCUGGACGAGACCCUAGAUCGAGCAAUGCGAGCCCUCCUGGCCUCGGAGAAGGCCUUUGCCGAGCGCCUAGCCGAGUUUCUCGGUCUCCUGCGAGGCGAGGAGCCGGCAAAACGGCCGGAGAGACAGACUCGCGACGCGAAAUGCCAGUGCCCAUCCGAGGACCUCGGGCCUCCAGCUUGCGUCCGCCGCUCGUUCGCUGACCUGGUCGAGGCGAAGAUCGGGUUCGACAACAAGUUCCUGGGCUUUGGAGCCCUCCUACGUGCGGAUAACACUGCUGGUUCUAACGCAAACGCGACUGCAACCGCUUGUCCCUGCCAGAUCUGCUCCAAUGUCCCGCCUGAUUCCAUGGUCCAGGAUGAGCACCAGGGCACCAUACAGCGGGAAGUGACGAUCGCAAAGUCGCCUAGACGACGAGUUGUCAGGAGGCGUGGGAGAAGACGGGUAGCUCCCUUCAAGGCCAGGAGCCCGAGGAUGGUGCGGUCCUCUCCGGAGGCUGGAAACGACCGGGCUGCCUCUGUCAUCGUAAUUGGGCAGCCAGGAAGCCCUAGGGCUGCCCGGGAUGUCGAUUGAUGGUCCAGGGUGGCGAGGUGUGACGUCCGUCCUGAUGAUGGGUGUCCUGGGUCCUGGGUUAUCGUGACCGUGCAUGGUCUCGGGGCCUUGGCGACAUGGAAAAACUCUGAGCUUGUAAUUGACAAGAGACAUCGAUUAAUUUAUUUAGAUAAAACGUCUUAAAAUGAA